UUGUUUUAUAUUGUAUAAUUAUAUUUCUGCUCAAUUCCUGUUUUAUAAUUCAGAAAUAUGUAUAAAAUGUGUUAUGACAGUCAAUUUAGAUUUUGUCUACAAAAGUAGACAAUAGGAUCAAAUGGGUACGUUUUAUCAUUAUGAAAAUAUUUUGUUGUUUACAGGAGAAACACAGUAAAUGAAAUCAUAUCAAUGCUUGAGGAUGAAGGUAACUUUGAAAGGGCAGAUAUACAUGUUCAACCACCUCCUGUAGAUGAACUGACAGAUGAAGAUAGUGCAAGUGAAGAUGAAGAAGUAGGUUACAACAACCUCAGUGGACGUCAGUUAGACCAACAAGCAACAGCGACAGUUAUUCGCCUAGAUGGACGUCAUGUUGUUGAUUCAGCAUCAGACUCCGAUCUAGAAACUGACCAUUCUUCAGAUUCUUCUGAUACAGAUGAAUACGAAGUGCCUGCAAAUAUUGCAAAAAAGACCUCAAGUAAGAAUUGCACUACGGGAUCCAGCUCCGCGUCCCAAACGACCUGCACCAGUAAAGAGGAAGUGGGAAAAUAAAGAUCUACCUGAGCAAGAUAAAGACAGAUUCACUUGGCAUGGCUCAAAUAUAGACAAAAGUCGAUGGCCGCAAACACCAGAUGGCAUCUUCAACUUAUUUUUUGAUGAUGACGUGAUCAACAUGAUUGUUGAACAGAGUAUAAGAUAUGCUGGUUCAAAAGGCAACCAUUCGUUUUCAACUUCACCACAAGAAAUUAGGAUCUUCCUAGCAAUUCUGCUUAUAUCAGGCUAUAACACUGUGCCAAGACGGAGACAGUUCUGGAGCCGGGAUGAUGACGUAAGGAAUGAGGCAAUAGCUCGUACAAUGCCGCGAGACAGAUUCGACAUAUUGGUGCGAUAUGUACACCUUUGCGAUAACAACAAUCUUGACAGAGAGGACAAGUUAAGCAAAGUAAGACCACUGCUAUGUCUGCUGAAUGAGCGCUUCUUGUUAUACUUCUUUAAAGAGAAAAACCUUUCAAUCGACGAAAGCAUGAUCCCGUACUAUGGGCGACACGGAGCGAAACAGUUUAUUCGUGGGAAACCAAUUAGGUUCGGUUAUAAGAUGUGGGCGUUAACGACAGCACUUGGAUAUGUUUUACAAUUUGAGCCCUAUCAAGGGGCAAAAGGCCACCAAACCCAUGAUCCUGGCUUCCUUGGAAUGGGCGGAGCAGUAGUUAUGGACCUGCUUUCAGAGCUGCAG